AUGCCAUCGAUUGUUUUACUCAAUCCUGGUGAUGAAGAUUCAUUAACAUCAGAACUCGUCACCAAGAAACAAAAGCAUGAUGCUGACUACUGGACUCGACGAGCCGUAGUCUAUCAAAUGGGGUCCGAUGAAUAUUUUCUUCAGGUUCAAGUUCCAUCAGCGUCCAGUACAUUAGACGCAACAACCGAUGGUCAAACACGUCCAUUUUUAGGUCAUUCAAAUGAAUUCGAAGUUGCUCAACGACAAUGGCUCGACGCAAAUGAGCGUCAUCGAGCAGCAGCAGCAGUAGUAGAUGAUUCAUCAUCUAUGAAUAUCGAGGGUGAUACCGAUCAAUCUGAUUAUGAAACAUUUUAG